CAACCUUGUUCCCAUUUUCUCUCUCUGUCACCAUUGUUUGUAAUUGUCGCUGUUUGGUUCUGAGAAAACCGUGUACGAUAUCGAAAUGUCGGCCCCAGUGGACCCUACUGAUCAAGGUGUUGAUGCCAUUCCCCGCUCUACGGCUGCCCCAAAUUGGACAAUUAAUGUUUCAGAUAUAAGAACAGUUAAGGUAAACAAUAUAUCAAUGGUUACUACGGAGAAGGAUAUUAGAGAUUUUUUUUCAUUCUCGGGUGAAAUUCGAUACGUUGAGAUGCAAAGGGAAACUGAGAGCACUCAGAUUGCAUAUGUUACCUUCAAGGAUUCACAGGAAGCAGACACAGCAGCGCUCUUGACGGGUUCCAACAUAGCUAAUGUUUCUGUCACCAUCACACCUGUUGAGAACUACCAGCUGCCCCCUGAUGCUCUUCCCUCAAGUCCUGAGAAAAAGCAAACUUCUGCUGCUGUUAAGAAGGCUGAAGAUGUGGUGAGCACCAUGCUUGCCAAGGGUUUCAUUUUAGGAAAGGAUGCAAUCAACAGGGCAAAAUCCUUUGAUGAACGUCACAACUUGACCUCAAAUGCUUCUGCCGCAGUUGCUUCCAUUGAUCGUAAAAUGGAUUUAAGUGGUAAACUAAGCAUUGGAACAUCUAUAGUCAAUGACAAGGUGAGAGAGAUGGAUGAAAAGUUUCAUGUUUCUGAAAAGACAAAGUCUGCUAUCGCUGUUGCUGAGCAGAAGGCAAGUAGUAUCAUGAGCUAUCCUUACGUAUCAACUGGAGCUUCAUGGGUGUCAACUGCCUUCACUGCUGUUGCAAAAGCAGCUGAGGAUGUAAGCACAAUGACAAAGGAGAAGGUUGAACUUGCUCAAGUGGAAAAGAAGGAUAUUAUUUUCUGUGAAAGGAAAGGAACCGUUGAUGAAUUGGCACAGAUACACUCUGAGAAGCCUUCAGAAAUUCCUGCUCAUUCAGGUCAUGAUAGUAAGUUGGGAAUUAUGUGA